CCGUCGCAACGCAAGUGCUGGUGAAAUCGGUGUGGCAAAAGUCUAUUUCAAGUCGAUAAAACUACCACACUUCUCCCCGGUUGCAAAUAAGUGUAUUAAAGAAAAGAAUUCAGAGGAAACUACAUAUGUACAUUUGUACAUUUUUCCCAAAAACAUAGCAUAACGAUUGCGGACAACGUGAAAAGAAGAAAGCAAAUUGUCAGUACGAGAGCAAGAUCAGUUUCCGAAUUCCUCUCUCUCACUCCCUCUCUCUCUCUCUGACUUUACUCUCUCUCUGUUUUUCUCUCCUCUCUCUCUCUCUCUCUCUCUUCCUACAGACUUGCGCUCUUCGUUUUCAAUGAUCAAUACAUCCACAGUUUGUUAUUAUUUGUUUUUCAUUCUGUCAUUUGUUUUGCAUGCUCUCUGAGGCCGCGCGACGACUUUCUCGAAUUGCAAGUGUAAAUUUCAUGAAAACGAAGUAGCGUGCUAGGCAAACCACACUACAGAAAACAGUGUAUGUGAAUUCGUCGUGAACGCAUAGUGAGUGUUUUACACCGCACCCGUGGGAGUUUUACCAAAUGCACAUCGUAUUUUGCAAGCAAUAUGCUGCGUGUGGAGCUCUGAGUUCGGAAAUAGAAGCACAUCGCUAGACUCCAAGCAUGGAUGCUCAGUUUGAGCAUUUAUGUCGCAUUUGCGCGGCCAACACGAAGAACAAAACCAAUUCCGUGGUUGAGAGUGUGUUUAUUUUCAAGACGCAAGGAUUGAAGGAUAAAAUAUCCCGACACCUUUACCUAAAUGUGGCUGAAGACGAUCCCCUGCCCAAGGUGCUCUGCAAGUCGUGUUACCGACAGGUGGAGGCCACUGCUUCACUCUCAAAUAUAGCCAAACACACUCAGCUUGUGUUCCAGGACUUUCUUCUAAGCACACUGCCGAAGAAUGUGCGUGAAGCAGCCGCUGCUCAGCUUAAUAUGCCACCAGGUCCCCAAACCUCUCCCCAAAACGACGAAAAUCCAAAGCAGGACGAUGCUUUUCGUCCUAUUAUGCUCUGCCAUGUACCGGAAACGACCAAGCCCCAGGUGGGCGGUAGCCCUCAAGCAGAACUCUUGGUGACCAAUACUGCUAGUGGAAUAAACAGGCCGAAACCCUUGGCAUCUUCCUCCUCCUCUGGCAUUGGUAAAGCUCCCGGAUCAGUGAAGAGCGAUAUAUCGCCGACGCGGCGCAAGAGCGUUUUUGUUGAUGUUCGACACGGAUCAACCCCAAUGUCAAUCGCUCAACGUUCUAUGCAACAAGUUCCCUCUUUGGUGCCUCUUAAUUUUGAGCCAUCGGCAUCCAAUGCUCUGAAGAAGAGCCCAGACCCGAAACUAUCGCCUGCUGGAGUAAUUAACUUUAUUCAGACGCAUGGGCGCAUAACAGGAAAUGUACAUGUUCCCAUAAAGGACGACAACACCGGAAGCAGCAACCAAACAGCCACCAGAAAUGCGCCCAUAUCUUCCGGAAUACCGAAUUUUACCAGUAAUAUGUUUCAGCAAAAAAGUAGGAAUCUUAAAAAGACAUUAAGCAAUAUUCAAGCCAUGCGUAGUGGGCAGGUGUCACUACUUAAAUCGGCGCAAAAUCGAAAACCAGUUCAAAAUAUUAGCCCCUUGGGCUCAACUACGCUAGUUCCUCAAUAUGGGGGAGAAACUUCUGUAGAGGAAGCACUGCCGGAGCACAUGAUCUUUGCGGCGCCAAAAAAGAGAAGGGAGGAUCAUGAACUAGUUCCACAAACUUCUCCGAUGAAGAAAGUUUUAUCAAAUACCACCAUGAUUAUGCCGGCCACUCUAGACUUAACAACAUCUGUUGACUCGCAAGAUCCGAACCCCUUAAAAUCCGUGCCUAAUGCUAAAAGCUUAACUGAUGCAAUUUCCCUAGGAAGCGUAAUAAGGGAUCCAGACUUAUUAAUGCUAAUUCUCAAGGCUUUAAAGUGGCCAGUGACAGAAGAAAAUUGCGAUGAGCAAAUGUCACGGUUGAAGAGUUCAAAGUUCGGUGUUAUAAUGUCGGACAGCAACCUAUUACAAGACACAGAUCUAACACAACUUUUAGGUCCGUAUUUGGCCCCCAUGCUUCCAAUUGUUCAACAAGAUCAGCAUACACUUUCGACCACAUCUAUUAUCUCUUCUUCGAAAGCGACAAAAAAUAUACUAAAGCUGACUGAUUUAUCCAGCGCAAUGCCUUACAAACUGCCGCCAGAGACUUCGGUUCAGUUAGUGCCCUCUAGUCCCACAGAGCAGGAGCUCCCUCAACGAAGAGACGGAAAAGCUAGCGUUCCAAUAGUAAAACGUCACCAGCGAAAAUUGCGAGUUCGCGAUUUACAUGCUGAAGAUGAGGCAGUUCCGAAAAUUUCGGUUUUAACUUCAAAUGCAGCUCAUGUUAGUAACGAAUUAUCCAAUAUCAAUUCUAUGCUCAUUUCACAAUUCGGGUCAAAUCCAGCCGAUGCGCUUAACGAGGCACUUAUCUCAUUGCUUCAACAGCAGCAACAAGAAUCGAAAGCAGAGUGCAAUAGUGCCAACAUAGUUAAUUUGGAAGAUAUUGUUCUAGUCGAGCCGCAACCGCCGCUGGAAGUUGAUCCACAAAUUUCGGAAUGCGUUGAAGAUAAUAACUUAUCUCCACAGGCCCAAGCAGCGCUAGCUAGCGCAGAAAAAAGACCAGUUUGUAAAAGGCGCAAGACUGUCAUUCAUUCGUCCGAAGAAGCUGUUUCUAAAAAGACCGAAUCAAAAGAUUUAAUGUUUCCAAAAAAUCAGUGUCAAGAAUCAUUCUUAUUAGGGCAAUCAAAAAAAAUUAGAACUGAGAAAAUAUCAUCAACUAAAGAAUCAGUAAGUGAGUCGUCCCAGGCACCCACAAGUACAGUUCCAGAAGCCACUUGCGGUCCCAUUGUUGAAGUCACAAAUUCAGAGGAGAACCCUGAGGAUACCGAGCCCGCCCCGGAUAAUGGAACCAGUGAGGAUACUGAGGAUAGCAAAGCUGGUUCUGUAAACAUUAGAAAGCCGGAAGACAAGGCUGCGCUCGGUCAAAAACUUUUGGAAGCCAUUGGCCUCCCACAACUGGGGAAGAAUGUAGCUCCUGAAAACUCGCGAGACACCCUUAGAAGUGCGCUAAAACGCUCUAUAAAGCAAGCCCAAGAGCAACAGCGUCAACUAAAGAGGGGCAAGCAUGAAGAACCAGUAAAGCAACAGGCAGAUUCCACGACCAAGCUUAGCGCCUCCGAAUCAGCAGAUGAACAUAAGAAAGCAAUUGCCGAGCGAGAGCUUGCCCUGCUGAGUCGGGGUUCAAAAGCCGGAGAAGAAAGCAAGACAUCCGUUAAAGAUGAUAAGUCGGAGCUUACCGAUGUUAGUUCUUCUUCAUCACAAAAACGCCGAAGCCGAAAAUCAAAGACAGAUGCUAUCGUCGAGGAUUCUGACUAUGAAGAGAGAAAAAACAGUAGAUGGGAUGAAGAUGACGACUUGCCAUUGAAGACAGAUGCAGAGAAGGCUUCGGAACGUUGUAGUAGCAGAAGCAGCAAUCGUCCAACCCGCACUAGUAAAACGUUAUCGAAGUACUAUAAGGGACCAUCUUCUAAAUCGCAGCAUGCAAUGGGUACGCGCUCAACACGGCAGCGCUAGUUAUUAUUCUUUUUCUAAAGAAAAUUUGAUAAAACCAAUUACGAAAUAUGGAAUAAAUAUUGGAUAAUUUCAAGGGGCUUUUACCCCUUAUAAUAAAUUUAGGUCCCUUUAUGAUACAAAUUCGACUAUGUACAACGUAGAAAACUUUAUAAAUAUUUUAGUUAUAUUACCAGUAAUAUAAGCAAUGACUAGAGCUCAGAACCCGUAUUGAACUACUACCUAGUGCAACUAUUCGAAAAUAUAACUCAUUAUGGUGUACUCUAAAUUAACUUCAGUAUAUGAAUACAUCGAAGAAUUAAAAUGUAAUAUAUGUAUGUAACGAUUAGGAUUAUUAAACUUGGAAGUCCGAAAACGCUUUUAGAAAGCAGAACGGAAAAUAUUUGAAGAGUAAUGUUUUUCUUUAUUUAAAAUGUAUUGAUUAAGUUGAUCAAUUAUAACUUUACCUAGAAUUAAAAAUAUAAUUUAACACCGGUCGCAAUGAAUAUAAAUACAGAACGUAUACAUAUACAUUGCAUUUAUAAAGUUUACAAUAUCACUGCAAUUUAAAUCAUUUUGAUAAAUUUUUUGGUUUUUAUCAAUCUUAAAUUAAAAAAUGGGCCUUAAUAAAGGGUUUUCUUUUUAAACCAUAUUUAACAAUCUUUUUAUUCAAUCAAAACCAUUGUGCAAUUUCCGUUGAAAAUAAAUAUUGAACCAUUGGAUAACAUAAUAAAAAUUAAGUAAUUUUACCAACAAUUAAA